AUGCCGCCAAUGAAGAAGCGUAAGGUGGCCCGCGAGGCACCUGCUCCUGUUGAAGAAAAAGACGUGAACUCCUCGAACUCCGAAGCCGGUGAAGAUGUCCCCGUCGCCAAUGAAGAGAUCGCCGAUGCCAGCGCCGACGCCGACAGCACACCCGUUGACGAGCCCACUCCCAAAUCCUUCAAGGAAUUGGGAAUUAUUGACUCACUAUGCGAGGCUUGCGAGACCAUGGGAUACAAGGCGCCUACGCCUAUCCAGGCGGAAUCUAUUCCAGCGGCUUUGCAGGGCCGCGACCUGAUCGGUCUCGCAGAGACAGGUAGUGGAAAGACCGCAGCUUUUGCCCUACCCAUCUUGCAAGCCCUUAUGGAGAAACCCCAACCUUUCUUCAGUCUAGUCUUGGCCCCAACUCGCGAACUGGCAUAUCAGAUCUCCCAAUCAUUCGAACUGCUAGGAUCAACCAUCGGCGUACGAUGCUCCGUAAUCGUUGGAGGAAUGGACAUGGUACCGCAAUCUAUCUCUCUUGGCAAGAAACCCCACAUCAUUGUCGCUACCCCAGGUCGACUCCUCGACCACCUCGAAAACACAAAGGGCUUCUCCCUCCGCAGCAUGAAGUACCUGGUGAUGGACGAGGCCGACAGACUGCUCGACAUGGACUUCGGACCUAUCCUCGACAAGAUCCUGAAGGUCCUCCCCCGUGAGCGUCGCACAUUCCUCUUCUCAGCUACCAUCAGCUCCAAGGUUGAAUCGCUGCAGCGUGCUUCGCUGUCGAACCCACUGCGCGUCUCCGUCUCAGACAAUAAGUAUCAGACUGUCUCAACGCUGCAGCAGUACUUCCUCCUCCGCCCUCACAAGCAUAAAGAUGUCUAUCUCGUCUACCUGCUAAACGAAUUCGUCGGCCAGUCGGCCAUCAUCUUCAUGCGAACCGUGCAUGAAACCCAGCGCAUCGCAUUCCUCCUGCGUGCUCUCGGCUUUGGUGCUAUCCCUCUCCAUGGGCAGCUAUCCCAGUCUGCUCGUUUAGGAGCUCUGGGCAAAUUCCGCUCUCGCAGCCGUGACAUUCUCGUUGCUACAGAUGUUGCUGCCCGCGGUUUGGAUAUUCCCUCUGUCGACGUCGUAUUGAACUAUGAUCUUCCCAGCGAUAGCAAGACCUACAUUCACCGCGUGGGUCGUACUGCGCGUGCGGGUAAGAGUGGAGUAGCAGUCAGUUUUGUUUCACAGUACGAUGUAGAGGUUUGGCAGCGCAUUGAGGGUGCGCUGGGCAAACAGCUUGCUGAGUAUGACGCCGCCAAAGACGAAGUGAUGGUUCUUUUCCAGCGGGUCAACGAGGCUCAGCGCCAGGCUAUCAUGGAAAUGAAAGCGUACGAUGAAAAGAGGGGGACCAGAGGCAAUAAAUUUGGAAAGGGAAAGCGGACUCGUGACGGGAUGGACCAGGAGGAGGGUUGA